UACCACGUGGAAGAGUCCGUCUUGUUUGUGUGCAUUUGUCAUAAAAUGUGUAUCUUUAACAACAGUGAACAGAAAUUAAUAAAUUGUUAUUAUCUUCCCCUUUCAUCUGAGUAGGAACAAGCAGCUAAAAUGAGUUCUUCGUCACAGUGCUUAAAUUCUAUUCAUCUUGAAAAAGUCGGACUCGUUGAAAAUGAAACAUUAGUGCAUCUGGGCGGGGAAAAUCAAUAAGAAAGUGACGUUUUAAACCGUGCAUGUGAAACAUUAACAAUUAUUUGUUAAAUGUGUUCACUUUCAUCAUUUUUCCCGAUGCACUCUCGAAUCUCCAGUGCUACUUUUGUAAUCUUAAAACUACGCUGAUUGGCUAUCAUGUCUUUUUGGAGCUGAGUGUAAAAAACAUUAUAAUCUGUCACUUCCUGGAUGAAAGUUAUACCAUCGAACUUUCCUAAAUUCCACACAGAGCAAUGUUUAACUUCCUAGUACAAUUUCUGCCUUGACAAUUAUCACUUUGAGAUUAAGUUCGUCCAAAAAAAAAACAGAAAAUGGUGCACGGAAGGAAAUUUUUGACAGCUCAACUCGUGUUCUAUUUGAUCUGCUUUGUUUUUGUUUUUCAACUGAAAAUUGUCACCUGUACACAUAUUAGUGGAACUUUUGAAACCAAUGAAUUCUUUCGAUUUUUAAACAAGUUUGGAUUUCAAAAAACGGAUCAGCAUCGACAAAAAGAGACGUAUGGUUACAUUUUUGGAAAUAUAACCUCAAAAGUUAAUUUUUCGGUUCCUGUCACACUUGCUGUCUUGGAUCGUGAUCAUUUUUUGGAGUAUUAUAGUAAUCGUGGAGUUAGAGACAAAAGCAGGGCUUGUGCAAUGAUGUUUCGUACCUUGAAUCAAAGUUCGUAUGAUUCUAAAUGCAACGAGGAAGGCCAGGAUUUUUUGAGGAGAGUGCCUUGUCCAAAAGGCAAACUAUGUUCAGACGAGGAAGAUCAACCUUGGAACGUAAUAAAGAAUUAUCAAUUCACGUUCAGUAUUGAAAACGUAUGGCAACCCAAUUUUUGGUACAUUAGCCUAGUUUCAUGCUACAGAAACACGACAACCUGCCAUUGGGAACAUUACGACAAACACGAGAAAUUAGACUACGAUAUCUGGCUAGUAAAUGGAAAUCCAAACACCAGUAGCCUAAAUACUUUGACCUAUCAGUUUUCCUAUGACCGACAGAACACCAUAGAACUCUACCUACUAUUUUUCUUGUGCUACUUAAUCUUAGUUCCUCUGCAAUUAUACGCAGUGAGACUACAGAGACAUCCAGUUACAAGAUUAUUCACAGCCAGUUUACUUUUGGAAUUUAUAGCUCUGUGUCUGAUUUUGAUUCAUAUACUGAAAUUCGCUUUCGAUGGCGUUGGCUACGAGCAGCUCGAAGUCGCCGGGGACAUUUUUGAUAUCCUUUCCAGGACCUCAUUUAUGCUUUUGCUGCUUCUACUUGCUAAGGGAUGGGCAGUCACGAGAAUGGAAUUAACAUGGAAGCCUCUAGUUUUCACUAUCUGGCUAUUUUAUGGAAUUGUACACAUUCUACUUUACGUCUGGAAUAUGACGGAAGUUGAUAUUAUCGAAGAUAUUGAUGAAUACCAAACCUGGCCAGGAUGGUUCAUCCUCCUCUUCCGCAGUAUAAUUAUGGUUUGGUUUUUGUACGAGUUACGCAACACUAUGACUUACGAGCACAAUACUCAAAAAUUAAAUUUUUUGCUCCACUUUGGUGCAUCGUCACUCGUGUGGUUUAUUUAUCUUCCUAUAAUAGCACUUAUAGCUCUUCAAGUUAGUGCACUUUGGAGGUUUAAACUUCUACUUGGAAUUACAUACUCUGCCGACUGUUUCGCUUAUUGCGUGAUGGCUCAUUUGCUCUGGCCGACAAGAAGCGAGCAGUAUUUCCUAUUAGCGCAAGGUGCUGAUAACGGUGAUGAACUAGACGAAUUCAAUGAGGCACCGCACGUGCUGAAUAAUUAUGUCGAGCCUCCAGAACUCAGUAAAGUCAUAGCGUAAAGUAGAAGCGCCAUCCAAGGUAAAGAGAUUUUAAUGUAAAGUUAACUAAAAUGAUUAAGACAUGUGAUGUUUAUCUGCCAAACGGUGAAAUAUGUAGGAAAGUAUAGGAAAAACUUUGAUCUGUGCUAUUUGAGACUGAAAUAUCUUGUACGCCCUUUACUAUGUCUUUGUAUUUACUUUCGUAUCUACGAGUAUUAUAAAAGUUUUAUGUACAUGAGAUUUCAUGUAGACUUAAAAAGAUAAAUUUAUAACAGUAAAUUUUAAAAAUCGAUCCGCAAAUGAAAACUGCAGUAAAAUUUGCAUAUUCUAGCAGGAUUGAAGGGCAGGGCUUUUGUCUUGGUAUGUAAAUAAUUCGUCAGCUCAUAAUGAGUUUGCGAAGAGAUGAAAGUUAUUUUAAUCGCGACUAAGAAGUAUUGUUUUUAUUUAGUUAAACAACUAGCUUUUAUAGCUUUAUUUUUCGAUAUCUUUUUUUUUUAUUGCAUAUGAUUUUUGUACUCCUCUAAUCCUAGUUACUCUUCGUCGACUCAUUAGCAAUUUGCGUAAAAUUUAAUUACUAAGCUACACGUGAGAAAAUGUGCAGGCAAUUUUUCAUAAACAAAUUGAAAGUUAAAUUACAUACACAAGUAUUGUGUAUUUUUGAUUAUACGAAAUACCGUAAAGAGAUAUAACUUGAAGUUUUUUAUAAACACUUUCCUAUACUAUUGAUGCUCAAACUUCAUAAGAUAAAGUUAAGACAUCUAGAAAGUACGUUUACUUGAUAGCAAAAUAGGUUUGAGCACUCGACAAUGAUGCAGUAUUCUCAAUUCUUUCACUAUUAGGAUUUUGAAGUUAUUUACUUUCUUUAGUAAGAAUUACUUGCUUGAAAUAUUACAAAUUUAGUAUGCGAUGGCAUUUUGGCAGCGAGGAAAUUGUACAAAGCUUAACAAAAUAGGUUUGACUUAUAAAGAGUUUUACUUUCCUGAUAGGUAAUAUCAAUUUGCGAAAGAUCUUAAUGAAUUAGUAUAAUUCAAAGUUUCUGUAAAGAAAAUCCGCGGGUAAUUUUGCUACGAGAGGAUUCAGUUUCAUGUGAUAUGAUUGUUAAUUCUUAAUUACAAGGGUCCAUUUUUAAUCACGUUACGUUUGCAUAUUUUUAUUAUGGAAAUUAUCGAGUACUUAGUACCAUUGGUGACUCUUAUUAAUAUCAUGUAAUACUUAUACCAUUCCUACUUUAUCAACCUUUUUUCGCAACAACUUACGUAUACAUGAAUCGAGAUAUCGAGUUGAAAAUUCGGGAAAAUAAAUAAAAGGAAAUAUCAAGAAGAACAAAAAAAAAUUGCCUUUUAUUCAACUUUACAGAUUUUCAGCAAAUAGAAAUCGGGCAAGUAUUACAUGGCCUUCUAAUACAAUCCAAAUAUCUAAACUGAAUUCUUUGAUAUGUGAAAAGUGCAACGAUUAAAAUUAAACUGCAGAAACUAUGAUACGAAAACUUUAAUUCGUCUAAAGUUUUUAAAUAUUGUAAUGAGUCUCCAAUGAUACAAAGUCAGUGUCCUUCGCGCAAUAAGGAAUCGAUACCUUCUAGUUUUUUAUAUUGUCGAAAGCAUGACCGUAAGAAAAAUGUUAUUUGACUCAUUGUUAGUAAUAGUUGUAGCAAACGUUGGAGUGUAACUCCGAGUCAAUGUGCAAUUUAUACGAUUCGCAUUCAUUUUGACUUCUUUAAGACACGUUUUAACUCGCCAUCUAUUUAUGUAGAAAAAAUAUACCAUUUACUAGAAUUCUUAAGAUUAUUUUUAGUCCUGUACUCUAUACAUAAUACCACAUCCAUGAAUGUUUAUACUGCGAAUUGAGAAUAUGUGAAUAAA